AUGUAUGGCGGGGAGACCGGCUCCUCUGGCCGCAGCCAGCCCACACCUGCAGGCUGGGCCAUGCCAGCAGCUGUCGACGGCUUGUUCCUCCCCAUCCCGCUGAAGCUGUGGAACAAGUACAGAGUCUCCAACAUUCCUUCCCUGAUAUUUAUCGAUGCCUCCACCGGGAAGGUGGUUUGCAGGAAUGGCCUCCUGGUAAUCCGAGAUGACCCGGAAGGUCUGGAGUUUCCCUGGGGGCCAAAACCCUUCAGUGAAGUUGUUGCUGGGCCUCUGCUAAGGAACAACGGCCAGACGCUAGACAGCAACACCCUGGAGGGCUCGCACGUGGGGGUCUAUUUCUCUGCGCACUGGUGCCCGCCAUGCCGAAGCCUCACGAGGGUCCUGGUGGAGUCCUACCGGAAAAUCAAGGAGGCAGGCCAGAAGUUUGAGAUACUCUUCGUUAGUGCAGACAGGUCGGAGGACUCCUUCAAGCAGUAUUUCAGCGAGAUGCCCUGGGUAGCUGUACCAUACGCCGAUGAGGCCAGACGGUCGCGUCUGAAUCGACUCUAUGGCAUACAAGGCAUCCCGACUCUCAUCGUCCUGGACUCCAAGGGAGACGUGAUCACGCGGCAGGGGCGGGUGGAGGUGCUGAACGACAUCGAAUGCCGCGAGUUCCCCUGGCAUCCCAAGCCUGUGCUGGAGCUGACGGACUCCAACGCUGUGCAGCUGAAUGAGGGCCCCUGCCUCGUUCUCUUUGUAGAUUCAGAGGAUGACGGAGAGUCAGAGGCAGCGAAACAACUGAUUCAGCCCAUAGCUGAAAAAAUCAUCGCCAAGUACAAAGCCAAAGAGGAGGAGGCACCAUUGCUUUUCUUCGUGGCGGGCGAGGACGACAUGACCGACUCCCUGCGGGAUUACACCAACCUGCCCGAGGCUGCGCCCCUGCUCACCAUCCUGGACAUGUCGGCCCGGGCCAAGUACGUGAUGGAUGUGGAGGAGAUCACGCCCGAGAUCGUGGAAGCCUUUGUCAGCGACUUUCUAGCAGACAAGCUAAAACCCGAGCCCAUCUAA